AUGACCUCACGCUUCCUUUUUGCUGGCUUGACUGCAUUGUCGGCCAUAGCAGUUGCCAGUGCUGCGACUGUCACCAAGGAGUUCAACAUUGGCUGGGUGUACGGUAAUCCUGAUGGAGUUUUCAACCGUCCUGUCAUGGGAAUUAAUGGCCAGUGGCCCAUACCUGCCCUGUUCGUCAAGAAAGGCGAUACUCUAGUCGUUAAUGUCAACAACCAACUGGGCAAUGAGACUACCAGUUUGCACUGGCAUGGUCUAUAUCAAAAUGGCACCACCAAUAUGGACGGGCCUGUUGGAGUCACUCAGUGUGAGAUUCCUGUCGGAGGCUCGUUCACUUACAACUUCACCGUUGACCAACCUGGCACAUAUUGGUUCCACAGUCACACUCGAGGACAAUACCCAGACGGCCUCAGGGCUCCGUUUAUCGUCGAAGAUGAUGAGAUGCCAUUCGCUGACAUGUAUGACGAAGAAAUCAUACUUUCAUUCUCAGAUUGGUAUCAUGAUUUGAUGCCUGGGUUGCUUGCCAGUUUUAUUAGUGUCUCCAAUCCUACGGGAGCCGAGCCAGUCCCUGAUUCGGCCUUGAUGAAUGAUACACAGAAUCUUGAAAUACCAGUGUUGCCAGGAAAGACCUACUUACUGCGCAUGGUUAACAUGGCUGCGUUUGCCGCCCAGUAUGUCUGGAUUGAGGGCCAUGAGAUGCAGGUUGUGGAGGUCGAUGGUGUCUACACAGAGCCUGCCACCGCUAACAUGCUAUACAUGACUGCCGCACAGCGGUACAGCGUUCUCUUUACCACGAAGAAUGACACUUCGGCCAAUUUCCCCAUCAUGGGCAGCAUGGACCAGGAUCUUUUUGACGCUAUUCCGGAUGGUCUGAAUCCUAACGUCACUGGAUGGCUGGUCUACGAUGGCGCCAAAGACAAGCCCGCAGCUCAGGAGCUGGAUGCUUUCGAGCCCUUUGACGAUUUCACCCUGGUCCCACACGAUAAAGAGCCAGUGUACGAGAACGUCAACCACAACGUGCAGCUUGACCUGAAGAUGGACAACCUCGGAGACGGCGCGAACUAUGCGUUCUUUAACGAUAUCACUUACGUUCCGCCUAAGGUCCCUACCUUGUACACCGCCAUGACCACGGGCGAGACAGCGACGGACCCCGCCAUCUACGGUAUCAACACGAACCCAUUUAUCCUUGCGCAAGGCGAGGUCGUCGAACUUGUCCUGAACAACGACGAUCCUGGGAAGCAUCCCUUCCAUCUGCACGGCCACAACUUCCAGGUUCUGAUCCGCUCAGACGACGAUGCUGGCUUCUAUGAUGCUGCAACAUCCAAUGCCACGAUCCCCGCAACACCGAUGCGUCGCGAUACCGUCCUCGUGCGUCCAGGUGGGCAUUUUGUUCUUCGUUUCCGUGCUGACAACCCCGGCAUCUGGCUCUUCCACUGUCACAUCGAAUGGCACGUCACAUCCGGCCUCAUAGCCACCUUCGUCGAGGCGCCUCUCGCGCUGCAGUCCUCUAACAUCCCACAUGACCACCUUGCUGCAUGCGCCGCAAACAACCCUCCCACGCCCACCGCCGGCAACGCAGCUGGCAACACCGUCAACCUCCUCGACCUGACCGGCAACAACGAGCCACCAGCGCGUCUGCCGGCGGGUUUCACGCCCAAGGGCAUUGUGGCGAUGACGUUCAGUAUCCUGGCAGCCCUGCUGGGUGUUGCGGUCAUUGCGUGGUAUGGAGCGCAGCCAAUUGCAAGUGAGCAAGGCAAGAAGAUGGCCGAGCAUGUCAUUGGACAGGAGGGCGUCAAGAGUGCUCCUGCUGGCGGCGAGGGUGUUGGAAGCACGGCUGUUGACAGCGCUGGUGGUGACGGCGGGUUCGUGAGGACGUGA